AUGGCCAUCAUCCAGCAACUGUGGGCCAAGGCGGGCACGGGCUACACCGGCAAGACUGACGGCUCGCCGCUUACUUUCGGGGGUCUCCUGACGGUGGCGUCGAAUGCCGCGAUGUGCAACGCGGUGGUGGCGAAGGUGGGCGCGAUUGGGUACGCGCACGUGAGCGCGUGCGCGGCGCAGGUGAAGAAGUUCAACACCAAGAUCGCCGAGGUGGCUCUCAAGAACGCGCUCGGGCCGGCGCUCACGUCCAAGACCUGGGUCGCGACGAACGCGCUCAACGGCGCUACCCGCCCCGCGCCAGACGCUUCGUGGGACCAGGUGAAUCUGAUCUGGAAGUCGAUCGCCAAGGCGCCCGCCGCUGUCUCCAUGCAGUAUGUGUUUGUGAAGAAGGUUCUGCCCAAGAAUGGCGGCGCCGUCGCGAAGCAGUUUCUCGUGAGCUCGCUCGCCAAGUUCAAGGGCUCGGCUGUCGCGAAUGGGUUCAACUUUGUGCCGCCCUCUUGGUUCAACCCGUCCGCUAACGCUGUCAAGGCCGUCACCCUUCCGCGCCACAUCCAGUUUUCCUUCCUCUAUGCUCUUGCUUUCCUCCCCCUGCACCAAUCAUGGUUCCCCUACCCUCCACAAAAUCUCUUCCACUCUCCCACCCACGCGCUUGUGAACCCAUCACCCUCCUCCCUUUCACGGCACCCACUUCCACCCAUCCGUCGAUUUGGAGGACGACUGAAAAGAGAGGGGCGACUGCAUGCGUGA